AUGGCGGUCCAUUCCCAGCCCUUGAAUGACUCCUGUUCUAAUAGCUCAGAUCUCUUAUUCACUGGCCUGGAUCUCCUCUUUGAGCUGAAGCCACUUUUCAUUCCUCUCUAUGCUCUCUUGGUGACCGUGGCCUGCACAGGGAAUCUUCUCCUCCUCUGUCUCAUCAGCUUCACUAAAAAGCUGCAGAGCACCACAGAUUUUCUUAUUGGGAACUUGGCAGCUGCCGAUCUGAUUAUGUGCAUUUUUUGUGUUCCACUGACCGCCGUGUAUGCCUUUGAAAGCCGAGGCUGGCUUUUUGGAGUGUUCAUGUGCUACUUUGUCACCCUGAUGCAAGGGACUACUGUGUUUGUGUCUGUCCUGUCACUUACAGCCAUUGCCGUUGAUCGAUAUAUUGUAAUUGUGCAUCCCAUUCGCCAAAGGGUAAGAUGCAAGUCCUGUAUCUAUAUUGUGGCUGCUAUUUGGCUCUUAUCUCUUUUGGUUUCUCUACCGACCUAUUUACAUACCCACUACCUAGAUCUCAACAGUAUUGGCCAUGACAUGAUUAUCUGUGAAGAAAUCUGGUUGCACCGGAAGACAGAGAGACAGCUGUACUCUUGCCUGAUGCUCCUCCUCUCUUACAUGCUUCCACUUUCUGCUGUGUUGUUCUCUUAUUGUGCCAUUUCUUAUCAUCUCCAGAAGAGAAAGAUCCCCGGAGCUGUAUGUCAGAACCAAGAAAAGUGGACGACAAAAAAAGAAAAGACCUUCCAGAUCCUGGUGGUUUCGAUCCUGUGUUUUGGUCUUUGUUGGCUCCCCCUCCAGGUGGUUAAUUUGAUUAGAGAUAUGGAUGAAGAGUUUGCUAUCCUAAACAAGCGAUAUGUGAAUGUCAUCCAAGUUUCAUGUCAUGUGGCUGCCAUGAGUUCAGCCUGUUUCAAUCCUUUCAUUUAUGCUUCCCUCCAUGAGAAAUUACGACUCCAUAUUGGGAACUAUUUUUAUCAGAGAAAGAAGUCAAGCCUCUCAUCCCACAAGGCCUCACGACUAAUUACCCAUUUUACUUUGGCAGACAAUAAUCCUGUGGGUAUCUCAGAAAACAUUGAGCUACAAAUGGAACACAAACACCAUUUCUUUGAACCAAUACAAAGAAACAUGUAACAUGGCGGCCUUCUCAUUCCCAUUCCAAGACUGGAUCCAGCUCAUCCCAUAUAAUCCUGUGAUCAUGACAGGAUCAUGACAGUUUUCUUUAUUUUUUUUCCUGAGGAAGUCAAAUGAGAAAUAAGUAGUUCUAUCUUCUAUCUUCAUUCAAAAUGAGUAUUUGGAUACAUUGCAUACAUGUUGAUUUAUGUAGUGGAACAGGGUAUAUUUUGAACGCCAAAUGUAAGUAUUAGGUUAGAAUUGUCUUGUAUUCAGCUGCUUUGUUCUUUAUUCUUUCUUGGUCCUUUGGUUAAGAUUAACCUUAACUUAUGUUUUUUUCUGAUGCCCUUCUUCACCAAAGUUGAAAGUUAGAUGUGGCUGCACAUAUUGCACUUUUACACAGUAUAUUUUUACAUUUGAUGGCAGUGAUUAAAAUUAUAAAUCAAAACUGUUUUCAAGAAUAAGUGAUAUACAUGGGAAUGAUUAAGAUUAAAGUGUUGAAUGGUAAAUGCUUAUGCCUACCAGAUUUCUCUGUAUGGCCUUACUUGAAAUGUUUUUGUUUUUGUUUCAUUUGUAAUUGCUUGGAAACAGUGAUGUCAUCAGGGCAACAUUAUUAGCCAAAGUUUAGGAUUCUUAAUCUUGGAGCCCCCUCCCCCCCACAGAUAUAUAAAUAGAGCUACAAUAUUCUUCACCCUUAUCAUAUUGUCUUGAUCCCUUAAAAAAAAAAGGAAACAUAGAACAUUGCACUGUAGAUUUGCUU